AUCGGACGUGGAUAUUCUUCGCCGCUGUUGCCUGGAGUUUCGAGCCCAGUUUUUGGAUGUGGCGGGUGUGGAUCCAUUCCAAUACGUGACCAUUGCGUCAGCCUGUAUGGCAACGUAUCGGAGUGGCCACAUUCAGCCCGAACACGAUUGCCAUGGUGCCCACACACGGCUACGUCAACUCCAACGAAUUACAGCCCUGAUUCGAUCCGGUGGUUGGACUUUGUUGCUGCUUCGGAAGGGCUGUUUCUUCCACGGGUGUAGUUCGUGCUAUGACGGUGAUGUCAUUCAUCCACUAAAAGGAGUUUCCAUGGCAACGUUAAGAGAAAAGACAGAAGAGACCACACGAAAACUUCGAGCCCAGGGUUUCCACGUCAUAGAAAUGUGGGAGCAUGAGUUUCAAAGAGAGAAGGAGGAAAAUCCAGAUCUCCAAUCUUUCCUGGAUCAACACCAUCUGAGGGAUCGACUCAAUCCUCGAGAUUCAUUUUUUGGAGGAAGGACCAAUGCCCUCAAAUUGUUCCACGAGGGAGACGCAAAAUAUGUGGAUUUUACAUCACUCUAUCCAUGGGUGAACAAGUAUUGCGUCUACCCUGUGGGACAUCCAACAAUCAUCACGGAAAGCUUUGGAGAUGUGGAAGAUUAUUUUGGAAUUAUCCAAUGCCGAGUGAUUCCUCCACGGAAUCUGUAUCUUCCGGUACUGCCCUAUCGGUGCCGGAAGAAGCUGAUGUUCCCCCUGUGUCGGACUUGCGCCCUUCUUCAACUGCAGACUCCGUGUACCCACACAGACGACGAGCGAGCUCUUGUCGGAACGUGGGUAACGGAGGAAGUCAAACUGGCGAAAAAGAAAGGUUACCGCGUCACACAUAUUUACGAAGUGUACCAUUUCCAGGCAAUCGUCUACUUCUCUGUUUUCGUUCCUACAUUGAUCUGUUUCUGA